CGCGGAUUUUCCACGCACGAUCUUCACGCUUGGAAUAUAAAUAUUCAUUUGACUGCCACGUGGUGUGUGUAACUGCCUGCUAAACCUACAACGUGACUGACCAAAGCAAGCCUAAAACUUUAACGAAAUUCUAAACAAUGUCUUCCGAUAUUCUUGUGACAAAGCGCAUCUCGCAGAUCACGCAAGAUUCGCGCAAUUUCAUCUUCACCGGGGUCAUUAUUGGUAAGAACGAGCCGAAGUUUUUCGAAUCUACUUCCGGUCGCCGUGCUGCUGAGCACGAAUCUUCAUCGGUCCGUGGCGUUCUGACACUGACUGUCCGCGACAGUGACCGUGACACGAUCAACUGUACAGUUUGGGCAUCACAGCCCAUGAUUGAAUCCUACGAUGGAUUAUUUCAUAUUGGAGAUGUCGUGAACGUGACGAACCCAAGGGUCUUGCAUUCGUCCCAUGACAAAUCAGAGCAGUUUAACCCCAGGUCUACUUGUCCAUACAGUCUGAGUCUAGGAGAAAGUGGAGAAAGCGGAAUCAAACUUUAUGAAGGUGCAGGGCUGGAACGAUUCAGGAAGUUGGUUUCGGUUGCCCCCGUUCUGUCGUCGGAAACAUAUCCUCUCGCUGACGUAGCAUCUGGAGGUCAUAGCAUUUGUGGCCAAAGUGUCAACACGCUGGUUGUAGUCCGCACCAUCCGACCCAGAAAGCAGAUUGUCAUCUCCAGAACGGGAAAGCUUAAGAAUCUGCGCGAAGUAGUUGUGAUGGAUGCCAGCCACGCAGGAAUGGUCAUGAAAUUCUGGAACAACGAGUACGUUGAGCGGAUUGAUAAGUGGAUUCCGAUGACGACAGUGCUUUUGAUUAUGGACGUCAGGGUUGAGUACAACGAGUUUCACAAAUCAAUUUGUCUUGGUAUGAGUGGUAAGACUAUUAUAACCGAGGAUCCAGCAAUUGAAGAAGCCGAUCAACUGCUUUUACAAGUCAUGAAAAUGCCACUCAAUGAUUCAGAGAUUGCUCGCUCACUGUCGGAUGGCACAAUUGAUCCGAUUAAUAUCACGACUGUCAUGACAGUGCAGCAAAUUUUGGAUCGCGCUGAAGGUGACCUCAAAGGCGAUGAGGAUCAGUUUACGGCAUUAUGCUACGCAGUAGUUUCGAAACUCGACUUAGAUGGUUGUUCCAAGAUUACUAGUCGCAAAUGCUUAACCUGCAACUCAUUGCUUCGGAUGGCUGACCAAAAGUGUCCACGAGACGAGUGUUUGCCUAAUCCGUACAACAUUCACACGUACUUUGAUAUUCCGGUUGACAUCACCGAUCACACUGGUACAUUGAGCAACUGCCGGUUGGUUAGUCAGGCUGCCGAAAAUACACUGAAUUGUAGCGUAAGCAGCUUUUUAAAAUUGGGAGAUGUUCAAAGGGGAAAGAUCAAAUGGCGCUUCUUGCUCGAAAGAUGUGCCGUAAAAGUGGUUAUCAAGAGAAAGUCCCCCAUUCGAUUCCAGUCGGUUUACUCGAUUGUGGAGUGCUGCAUCGCUAAGGCACAAGAUGUUGAAUUGAAAAUAAAAGUCUACUAACUGAUAAUAGUUGAGAAUUUCGAUAUUAAAUCGAAUUGAAUAAUUGUAUAAUAUAUUCUAUUGCAUUAAUUCAUUAAACAAUAACUAAUGAUUAUGGAAAUUACAGAAUAUUGUCCAUUCUA